AUGGGUAAAGCAAACGAUCAAGCUAAAGUUGAUCCAUUCAAAUCAUUUAUUGCAGGAGGUACGGCUGGUGCCAUUGAAGGAGUGGUCACAUAUCCUUUUGAAUUUGCUAAAACAAGAUUACAACUAGUUGAUAAGUCAUCCAAGGCAUCAAGAAAUCCCUUAGUUCUUAUUUACAACGUAGCUAAAACUCAAGGUGUGUCUUCUCUAUACGUUGGAUGUCCAGCAUUCGUUGUUGGUAACACAGUCAAGGCUUCGGUUAGGUUCUUAGGUUUUGAUUCUAUUAAAGCUUUAUUAGUGGAUAAGGAUGGUAAAUUAUCGGGACCAAGAGGUGUCAUAGCUGGGCUAGGCGCUGGUUUACUUGAGUCUAUAGUAGCUGUCACUCCAUUCGAAGCCAUCAAAACUGCAUUAAUUGACGACAAACAAACAGCAAAACCAAAAUAUCAAAAUGGUUUGAUUUCAGGAACUGUUAAGUUAUGUAGAGAUAUGGGAUUUAAAGGUAUUUAUGCUGGUAUUGUGCCUGUAUCAAUGAGGCAAGCUUCGAAUCAAGCUGUCAGAUUGGGUUCUUAUAACUCUAUUAAAACUAUGAUCCAACAAGCCUCUGGUGCCAAACCAAAUGAGCCAUUAAGCUCUGUUUCAACCUUCUUGGUAGGUGCUUUUGCUGGUAUUACCACCGUCUAUACCACAAUGCCCAUUGAUACAGUGAAAACAAGAAUGCAAGCUUUAGGAGCCGAUAAAUUAUAUACUUCUACAUUGAACUGUUUUGUUAAAAUCUUUAAGGAGGAAGGAUUGUUGACAUUCUGGAAAGGUGCUACCCCCAGAUUAGGUAGAUUAGUGUUGAGUGGAGGUCUUGUUUUCACAAUUUACGAAAAAAUGUUAGUUGUCAUGAACUAA